AUGCUACCUGUCAAGAGCGUGGAUCGCUCCGCAACGAUAUGCUUCGAUCCGACUGGGUCGUUCCUUGCGGCCGGCAGUGUUGCCGGGGCCAUUGAUCUCAGCUUCAGCACGAGCUCGACGCUGGAGAUUUUUGAUUUGGAUCUAGCCAACCCCAGUACGGAUCUGAAGCCCGCCGGUGGAGCGGUGCAUGCUCCCGAGCGUUUCUCACGCCUCACGUGGGGCAAGGGGCCCGAUCCCGACAAGUACCCCAAGGGACUGCUGGCCGGCGGCCUCGCAGAUGGCGUCAUCUGCCUGUGGAAUCCCGCGGGCAUCAUGUCCCGUGGCGCAGGGUCCAAGGAGGCCCAGCCGCUGGCGCGCCUGCAGAAGCAUCGAGGAGCGGCUCGGGGCCUGCAGUUCAACUCUCACAGCCCCAACCUGCUGGCCUCCGGUGGUGGUGACGGCGAGCUGUGCAUCUGGGACAUGGGCAAGCCCUCCGCACCCUCCCUGUACCCCGCAAUGAAGAACGGGGUGGAGGAGGUGGCCAGCGAGAUCGGGUUCCUGGCCUGGAACCCCAGCAUCCACCACGUGCUGGCCACCUGCACCGGCAAGUCUGGCGUGGUGGGGUGGGACCUGAAGAAGCAGCGGCCCAUCUUCCAGCUGGCGGAGGGCGGCGCGCGACGGCGCCACGUUUCGGUGGCUGCCUGGAACCCGGCCAUUGCCACCCAGGUGCUGGUGGCCUCAGACGACGACGGCCAGCCGGGGCUGCUGCUCUGGGACUUGCGCAGCCCUGCCGCGCCGCUGCGCGAGCUGACGGGCCAUUCGCGCGGCGUGCUGGGCCUGUCCUGGAGCACCCAGGAUGCGGGCCUGAUCCUGUCGUCGGGCAAGGACAACCGCACGCUGGUGUGGGACGUGGCGGGCUGCGGCGCGCCGCACGCGGAGCUGGGCGCUGCUGGCCCCGCCACCAACUGGAACUUCGAGGUGGCGUGGGCGUCGGGGCGCAACGCCGGCCUCUUCGCCGCCGCCACCUUCGAGGGGCGCGGCGCGGUGGCCAGCGGGGACAGGGAGGCGCUGCGCACGCUGUGCGCGCGCCGCGCCGCCGAGCUGGCCGGCACGCCCGAGGCGGAGACCUGGGCUUUCCUGGGCACGCACUAUGCGCCCGACGCGCGGCGCUACCUGCUGGAGCGCCUCGGUUUUGGGGAUGACCUGCCACCGAUGGAGGAGGCGGAGCCGGCGGCGGUCCAGGCCGCGGCGGACGACGUCGCGCGGUUGAGCCUGGGCGCCGCGUCCUCGGACGCGGCCCACCCUCCUCCUCCGGAACCCCCAGGAGGCGCGGACACGUUUUUUGACAACCUGAACAGCCCGGCCUUCCUCUCAGCACGCCUGGCCUACAUGGCCGCCCACCCGCGCCCCUUCAUGCGCCUGGUGGCCGGCCACCUGCGCGGCGACUGGCGGGCCUCGGUGGCGGCCCGUCCGCCGGCAGCCUGGCGUGAGACCCUGGCCCUGCUCCUCUCCUCCGCGCCGCCGGCGGAGUUCGAGGCCCUGGCAAGCGCGCUGGCGGCGCGCCUGGCUGAGGCGGGCGACGCGCACGCCGCAGGCCUCUGCGUCGUCUGCGCCGGUGACGUGGACGCUGCGGUGGGCGGGUGGAGCGCUGGGCUGGGCCGCAUGCCGCCCGCCGCCGCGCUGGAGGGCGUGGUGGAGAAGGCGCUGGUGCUGGGCGUGGGCGCGCGCGGCGUGGGCGCCAACCCCGCGGACGGCGGCGCCGCGCUGGCGGCGCCCGCGCUGGUCGGGCUGCUCACGCGCUACGCUGACGUGCUGGUGGCCGAUGGGCGCCUGGCCGACGCAGCGCGGUUCCUGGACCUGGUCCCGCCCGGCGCCGCGGCCGGCGUCUCCGACCUGCGCGACAGAAUCGCGCACAGCGCGCCGCGCGGGAUGGGCGAGGAUGCCGCGGCACGGCUCGGCGGCGACGGCAACAUCCACGGCGGCGGCGGGUACGCCCAGGACGGCGCUGCCGCCGACUACAUGUAUGCCCAGGGCGCCGCCGACGGCGGCUACGCCUACGCCCAGGGCGCGGCCGACGCCUCGUACUCCUACGCCCCCGACCCGAGCACGGCCCAGGCGUACGGAAACUACGGCGCCAACCCCGGCGCGGCCGCCUACGCCGCUCCCCCGCCGGCGUACGGCGCGCCGCCGCCCGCGGUGUUUGCGCCGCCGCCCGCGCAGGCGCCCAGCCCCACGGGGUACGCCUCGCAGCAGAGCCCGGGCGCCUACUUUGCGCCGCAGGGGCCGCCGGCCCUCCCGGCUCCCCAAGCACCCCCCAGCACGUAUGCGCCGCGGGGCGUCUAUGCGCCCCCCGCGGCACCGCAGACCUUUGCACCCGCCCCGAGCGCGGGGCCUGCCCCCGCCAUGUACGCGCCCCCGCCCGGACCCGCGCCCCCUGCUGCCCCGGCCACGUUUGCGCCGCAACCAACGUACACCCCUCAGCCCAGCCAGCAGACGUAUGCACCCCCCGCAGGGGGCCCGCCGCCCGGCACCACGCUGCUCAGCGCGGACACCAGCGGCAUCUCCCCCGCCCUCCGCCCCGUCGUCAUGUCCCUGACCAACCUCUUCCGCGCCUGCGAGGCCGCCUUUGCGGCCCAGCCGGGGCGGGCCCGCGAGCUGGACGACGCCGGCCGGCGGCUGGGCCUGCUGGCCUGGCGCCUGGCCCAGGGCGGCGUGUCGGACUCGGUGGCGGGCAAGCUGGGCACGCUGUGCGCGGCGCUGGACGCCGGGGACGUGCAGGGCGCCGCGCGCGCCCAGGCCGCGCUCACGCGCGACGACUGGGAUGAGUCGGCGGCCUGGCUCUCGGCCCUCAAGCGGCUCAUCAAGCUCCGGCAGAUGCUGGGCUGA